CUGGAACUCCAUUUCGUUGAUUAAUCGCCCACUAGAAUGGACACAAAAACUCCGUAUAGGUGCAACCAUUGGGUUGACCACUGCUUUGGCCCAGUAAUUGGUGGAAGUCCUUUGAUGCUUUCGCCAUGACUACUAUUCAACAUCAACUUCCUACAUCUUUUGUUUCGGUAGACUAAAUACGUCUGCAACUAUGUGGUAUAAAACUAUCCUCUCACAACGGCCUUACAAACCCCUCAACUUGGCGGAAUGGUAUCCGGAUGCCUUGGGCUUUAUGUCUAUGACGGACUGUGCGAAACCUCUCGGAGAUCUUGCUGCUCAUACAUCUGUUUCCCAAAUUCGUGGUGAUGCGGACCUCGAAUGGUAUGUCAUGUACGUCACGCGGACUACUCGCGUACUGUUCGUGGAAUGGUCUGUAUUGUACAUAGCCUAUCAUCCCUCUGUCGCAAUCACAUCAUCGGCUACCCUAUCUCUUCUCUGAACCAAUUUCAACUUCUUUGAACGGGGGCAAGUCUUGAAUAGUUUUGGCGUUACGCGAAUCGGAAUGGGGU